GGGGGAAGAUUUCUUCAUUUGCCAAUCCGCUGCUUUGGGUGCACAACCUCUUUAAUUUCGAUAAAUUAUUUGGUCAUAGAUCCCUUUCCCUGAAUUCCCCCUCGCUCUUCACCAUGGCAGAGGUCGCGACUCGUAAGUGUAUCGGGGUGGAUUGUGAGAAGGACGCAGGAAGCUUGCAAUGCCCGACAUGUUUGAAGAUGGGUACAGACAGCUUCUUCUGUUCGCAGGAUUGUUUCAAGCGAAGCUGGAGCGAACACAAGGCCAUCCACAAAACGAAGAGUAACAUCCUUUCCAAUCUGUUUCCUCCCAAGGUGGUUUCUGAACCAGAUCCAGCUACCGGUCUCUAUAACCCGUUUCCGACCUUUCAGUACACAGGCUCCCUGAGACCUGUGUAUCCGCUGUCCACGCGGAGGCCCGUCCCCAAGACGAUUCCCCAUCCCGACUACGCCAAGGACGGCAUUCCCCGGUCAGAGCAGAAGUAUUUCGGCCGCAAUAACAUCAAGAUUCUCAACAAGGAGGAGCAGGAGGGAAUGCGCAAGGUCUGCCGUCUUGCGCGCGAAGUUCUGGAUAUUGCCGCACGGGAAGCGAAGCCAGGCGUCACGACAGAUUAUAUCGAUGAGGUGGUUCAUAAAGCUUGUCUGGAGCGCGACUCGUACCCAUCGCCUCUCAACUACAUGCACUUCCCCAAGUCCGUCUGCACUUCCGUUAACGAGACCAUUUGCCACGGAAUCCCCGACCAGCGCCCUCUUGAAGAUGGCGACAUCAUCAAUAUCGAUGUCACGCUGUACCACAACGGAUUUCAUGGCGAUAUCAACGAGACCUACUACGUCGGAGAUAAUGCCAAGGCGAACCCGGAUGCCGUUCGGGUCGUUGAAACGUCCAGAGAGUGUCUUGACAAGUCGAUCGAGCUGGUGAAGCCAGGGAUGCUGUUCAGAGAUCCGGGCAAUGUGAUUGAGAAGCACGCCAAGAGCCGCAACUGCAGUGUGGUGAAGUCCUACUGUGGCCACGGCAUCAACCAGCUGUUCCACACCGACCCCAAUAUCCCUCACUACGGCAAGAACAAGGCCGUGGGGACUGCGAAACCCGGGAUGUGCUUUACCAUCGAGCCCAUGAUCAACCUUGGCACGCACCGUGACCGAACCUGGCCGGAUGACUGGACCAGCACGACUGCGGAUGGUGCUCUUUCGGCCCAAUUCGAACACACCCUCCUAGUGACGGAAGACGGUGUUGAAGUCCUCACGGCGCGGUUGCCGGAUUCUCCUGGCGGACCCAUCCCUAUGCCGGUGGCAACCCAGAACUAAACGUCUCUUUGUCGACACAUACCUGCCUAAGUAUAUUGUGAUUCAUUCCCGACAAAAGUACUUCUCCAGCGAAGAACAGAUUCCAUGACUCCACCGACGCAUUUCCCACGCCUAUCUCGGCUUAUCUUGUCCAAUACCAUCACCCCUCUUCAGUAGGGUCCUGCAUUCAGACAACUUGAAUAUAUAACGUGAAUAACCAAACUAGUAGAGCGUUCUUUGAUUGAUCGGCAAUCACCGCAACCGCUCGCCGGUGGCCCGGCGUGGAAG